UGGAGUAGCGGAGGCGAGUAACUGCAUAGCUGCGGGAAUAGCAAACUACUUAAAUACCCUCCUCAUGCUCUCUCGCUGCUCCCAUUCUUCACGCCCAUUCUUCACGCCCUUAGCGUGCGGUCGGGUCGGUCUUUUUCCCUGCACCCUGUCCCCGGAGCUGCUCACAAAACUCACACCCUCUUUCUGCCCCACUCUCCUCGACGUGUCGCUAGGUUGCUUGCAGAUCCAAAUUCCAGGCUUAAAAUCCUGGCGCAAUUCGCUUGGGUUCUAAUUUGCCAUCAUUGUCGUGCUUGAUAUGAUCGCGGAAAUAGUUGGUUGCAGAGCUUUCGAUCGCGAAUAUCAAAGUAAAUUGGCCUUAUGAGCUGUUUGGUCGCACAUCUUAAGUAUUACUGCAGUUGGAAGACUCGGAACUUUCUGGCAAGGUUUUACUAAUAUGGGCUUUUGCGUGCGAUCUUGUGAUAAAAUUGGGAACAAGGCCAUUAGAGAUGCAUCCAUCAAGGUCUUUUAUUUCUCUCUUAGGCUUUCUCCUGUUGUGUCUGUCUGGGAUUGCACCAUUCGCAAGAUUAUGUACUCGUUCAGGCCUGAAUGGGUGUAGGAACUGAGUUUUAGUUAAAACAGUCUAGUGCCCGUGAAAAAAAUUAGAUCCCAUAAAGAAUAUAGAUUUUACUUUUUGUGAGGUGCUAUAGGAAUUUUUUUUUCUUAUAAGCCGGUACUUUUAAAGACAAUAAGCUGAAAUCAACUGCUGGCCAAAUAUAGUCAUGGAUAAACUAGGAAGGAAACAAGUUCCAAUAGGUUUAAGGAAGGAGAAAAAGAAACAAGUUAAAGAUGAAGUUGAUCGCUUGAAGCAAGCUGAAAAGAAAAAGAGGCGCUUAGAGAAAGCACUUGCCACUUCUGCAGCCAUUCGCUCCGAGCUGGAGAAGAAAAAAAUGAAGAAAAUGGAAGAACAACAGCGUUUGGAUGCGGAAGGUGCUGCUACAGCUGAGGCUGUUGCUCUACAUGUCCUUUUAGGAGAAGAUGCAGAUGAAUCAUCCCAGAUAAUGCGGGAUAACAUCAAAAGAUUUAAUUAUUUUGACAAUUCUGGCAAUCUUGGCCAUUUGAUGGAUCAGCACAGCUCUGCCAAAUAUUCCAUAGGAGAAACAGGAAGGAUUUCAUAUGCGUAUGCAUCCAGAAAUAAAUGGAAUGAUUGGGCCAAUGAAUCUUCAUUUUCAUCUGUAAUGCAUGGUAAAGAUCUCAAUGUACCUUAUUUUGAAGAAAUGGAGCUUGAUGCAGAGGAUUCAGCUGGUCUAAUGGCAGCACGUGCUGUUUCAUCACUGUGUAUCACAGACAAUUCACAAAACCUAUUCCCUGGUCAAAAUACAGCAACAACUGUUAUUAACAGUAUGGUUCCAGGCCAUGAUUUUGAUAGCAAAUUUAGUCUUUUCAAGUUUUUUUAAUCACACAGAUGGUCUUGUAUAGAAUAGAGUCAUAUGUGACAUUUAUGAUUAUAUAUUUCCCUGGAUAUUGAAACGUACAUCUUGGGAUGUUUGGUUUGUUUGAAGGAGCUUUCUUUGUUUGCUUGUAAGAUAAUUUUAAAGUGUUAUGGAAAUUGGCUUUGCUCUGUAA